AUGAAUGAAACUUCACCAAAUACUUCAAGAAUACAAAAUUGUAUUCUCAAUGAUGAAUCGCUUGAUUUAGUUACAGAAUUAGACCAUUUAAACCAUCAAUGCAUUUGCUCAUUAUGUACUUGCGGAAAGCAUAUUUGUCCAGCAAAACGAUUAAAACUGUACCCAAAGGGUACAUUUACAUCUCUCUACAAGCAAGAUUUCAAGUAUCCAGCAAGCUUAAGUCCUCCAAAGCGAAUAAUCUCUACUUACAGGCCUGGGAUCCACAAAAUGGACGAUAAAACUUCUAAUGAAAUUGACUUUAAACCUUAUGAUCUCUCAAAAACCUCAAGGACUCCUGAAAAACCCAACUUUUCUACAUCCUUAAGAUUUCUCGGCAAAUCCAAAUAUAAAACUGAUUUUCCUAACUGAGGCCAAAUUCAAGCUGAAAAAGAAAUCAGCCCCAAAGAAUCUACAUUAAUUAAUAGAAAAUUCGAAGGAGAGUCAAUUUAUUCACAAAGUUACAUACGAAAAAAUCUAACCCCUGACCUCAUGCGAAAAGUUCUUCCAUCAACUUCAAUUCCUUCAAUUUAUAAAUAUGACCGACUAUUUGAGUCUACAAAUAAAAGAGAGUUUAACUUAAAAGCAAACCGCUAUAACACUCCAAGCCCAAACUAUAGCCACUCUCCUAUAACUCCUACAUACUUUAAUCCAAGCCAAUAUAUAAGUGUUUCUAAACAAGCUUUUACUGGGCCGAAUUCGCCAUUGAAAGAUCCUAGGCUAAUCCGAAAACAAAAAUUAGUUAACUAA